CCAGAAACGCCCCAUGACUGUUUUGAGCAGAUGAAAAUGGAAACAACACAUCUACCAACCGUGCAUGAGGAUCCACUAAUAGAUCCUGAUUUCACCCUGUUUGUGGACGGCUCAAGGUACGCUGAUGAAGAGGGAAAAUAUCACACAGGAUAUGCCGUCACCACAACAGAUGAAGUUAACAAGUCAUCAUCUUUACCAUCAACAAUGUCUGCACAAGAAGCUGAAUUACAAGCCCUAACUUCAGCAUGUAAGAUCUCUGAAGGAAAGCGCGCCAAUAUCUACACAGAUUCAAGAUAUGCACUAGGCGUGGCACAUGACUUCGGAUUAAUUUGGAAAACAAGAGGAUUUCUUACCACUGCCGGUACACCAGUCAAGCACAGUUCUGCAAUCAAAGAGCUGAUGGAUGCCCUCCUACUCCCAGAAGAAGAGGCCAUUCUGAAGAUAAAGGCACAUGGGAAGUUGGAUUCGGAUGAAGCAAAGGGCAACCAUCUGGCUGAUCAGGCUGCAAAACAAGCUGCAAGAGAACCACAGGAAGUGGAAAGAAGAGUGUCCGGAAACGAAGAAACUCCCAUAUUUACUUUGCAGACUCUUCCAACUGAUCUAAAAAUCCUACGGGAACAACAGGCUGCAGUUGCCCCUGAGGAAAUACAAAAAUGGAAACAGAAAGGGGCAGUUCUAAAGGAUGGAGUGUACUACAACAAUCUCAGGUUCUGCCUCCCUAAGAAUUUGUACCCAGCAGUCGUCCAAUGGGCACAUGGACCGGCACAUUUAUCAAAGGAUCUAAUGAAUGCUCUUGUACAGAAGAAAGCCCUCAUUGUCCCCAUAUGAGAUUCUAUUUGGGACUGCACCCAGGCUAGGUUGCUAUUUUCCCCAACAACUACAACUCCAAACUGAUGUUUUAGUAGAUUAUGUAACUAAACUUGCAGGUGCUUUAAACUAAAUCCAUGCCCAAG